AUGGCUUUCAUUAUUAGUCGUUCAUUACGACCAAUUUCUACAACUCUUUUCAAUUAUUCAUCUAAACUGUUGUCUUCGAAUUAUGUACGUUCUACUUCUUCUAAUCAUCAUCCAAUGAUGUUAAUGGAUCUUCCUCGUAUAGUUUAUCCCAAUUUAUUUUUGACAAUAAAAAAUUUCUUUUCUCGAAUGAUUAUUAGUGGAUAUUUUGAUCAAACAUUUGCUAUAAAACCAUUUUCUGAAGGUGCUCGACAAGCGAUAACAGUUGUUUCACAUCUUAUUAGUAAUGGUCAAUUUGAUGAUCUUUCUGGAUUUGUAACACGAGAGGUUAUCAAUGAAGUAAAACAAAAUUAUGAAAAAUUAUCAUCUGAACAAAAACAAAAGAUUGCUAUUGAUGAAUCCGAAAUUGUUUUUACUUAUCCAUAUUUAAUUGGUAUUAUUAUGGAUGAUCAAACAAAUAAUCGUUUAGUUGAAAUAACAAUGAUAUUUCAUAUUUUAAAAGAUCGUGAUGCAUAUCGACAAGAAAUGCUUAAUGCUACAGGUAAUGUUGCAUCAAAUUGGACAUCAGCAGUUAAAAAAAUGCGCGAUAAUAUUAUUGUUUGCAAUUAUAAAUUUUUACGUGAUAUGAGUAAAAAUGCAAAAGAUGAUAGUUGGACUAUAAGUGGACUUAAUCAUUGGCAACCAAGUGAAUAUGAACAGCAGCAAAAACAAGAAUAA